UCUUCCUCCUCCUCUUUUUCUUUUCCUCCCUCCCUGUUCUUUCUUUUCCUCUUUCCUUUUCUCCUCCUUCCCCUGCCCCGUCUCCCCCUGUCCCCCUUCUCCGGAGGGCGUCGGUCCUCAGGUCGUGAGCGGUGGCAGCGGCGACCGCGGGCGCAUCCAGGUUCUGCGCGCAGAUUGUACUGAUCUGAUCCAAGGUAUCUUGUGACUGCUGGCUGGAAUUAAGAUUCUCCAGCUUGUCUCUAACCGAAGAAACAUUGACUGGGAACUACUCAUUCAGAAAAUUAAAAGAAAGAAGCCAGGUCAUAUUAUCAACCCUUUGAGAACACAACAUAACAAACUGUACCAUUUUACCACUUCCUUGAAUAGGAUAGGUCACAGGGCAUUGAAGAAUGGCGGAUGAUCGGAAAGAUGAAGCAAAGGCACCUCACUGGACCUCAGCUCAACUCACAGAGGCAUCUGCACACCCACAUACACCUGAGAUUAAGGAUCAAGGCGGGGCAGGGGAAGGGCUUGUCCGAAGCGCCAACGGAUUCCCAUACAGGGAGGAUGAAGAGGGCGCCUUUGGAGAGCAUGGGUCACAGGGCGCCUAUUCAAAUACCAAAGAGAAUGGGAUCAACGGAGAGCUGACCUCAGCCGACAGAGAAACAGCAGCUGGACUCUUAAAAUUAGAAACAAAAUUUCCCAAGGAGGUGUCUGCGAGGAUAGUUCAGGUGGUCACGGCUGAGGCUGUCGCCGUCCUUAAAGGUGAACAGGAGAAAGAAGCGCAGCAUAAAGAUCAACCUGCAGCCCUGCCUCUAGCAGCUGAAGAGACAGCUAAUCUGCCUCCUUCUCCACCCCCAUCACCAGCCUCAGAACAGACUGCCGCCGUGGAGGAAGGUUUACUUACAGCCUCGACGAUGGAGUUCCAUGAUCAACAGGAAUUGACUCCCUCUGCAGCUGAGCCACUGGACAAGAAGGAAGAGGAGUCACAGAAACAAAGCAAGCCUGGCGAAGACCUUGAACAUGCUGCCUUAGUUUCUCCACCUGAGACAACUGACACUUCUCCUGAUAAAAAGGACAUGCAAGGCACAGAAGAAGAAAAAGCACCUCCCACUCUGUUUGGGCACCCUCUUGGUGCCAGCCUGGAAGACAUGAAACAGAAGACAGAACCAAGCCUGGUGGUCCCUGGUAUUGGCCUCCCUGCACAGCCUCCAGCUCCAAAAGAGCAAAAGGACUGGUUCAUCGAAAUGCCAAUGGAAGCAAAAAAGGAUGAGUGGGGUUUAGCUGCUCCAAUAUCUCCUGGCCCCCUAACACCCAUGAAGGAAAAAGAUGUACUUGACGAUAUCCCCAAAUGGGAAGGGAAACAAUUUGAUUCUCCCAUGCCGAGUCCCUUUCAGGGGGGAAGCUUCACUCUUCCUCUAGAUGUCAUGAAGCAUGAAAUCGUUGCAGAAGCAUCACCCUUUGCCCCUGCCCUAUUACAGCCAGAUGACAAAAAAUAUCUAGAAGAAACCAGUGGCUCAGCAACUGCCAAAGAUAGUUCUACAGUUGAAGAGCCCCAUAAGGAUAAACCUGACAAAAUGGCAGAAGCACCAGCCUCAGAGGCAAUCACCCCACCCAAAGAUGCUCACAUUCCAGUUGUGGAUGAAUGUGUCCCAGAGAAAGUUUUAGGGGAAGAAAAAGAGGAGAUAAAGCAAGACAGUGUGCCGAAAAAAGAGACUUCCAUCCUCAGUGCACAGGAACCUACACUUACUGAAAAGGAACCUCAGCUAACACUUGAACAAAAAACAACCAUUUCUGACAAAGAAGCCAUGCCAAAAGAGAGUGAACCCCCAAAAGUGACAGAUGAAGAAACAAGCAUACUUCAGCCCUCCACAGAGCACAUUUUCUCAAAAGAAGAACAGAAGAGCCAAGAACCUACCACAGACAUAUUAAAACAGGACUCAUUCCCUGUAAGCUUGGAGCAAGCUAUUACAGAUUCAGCCAUGACCUCUAAGACACCAGAGAAAGUCGUCACCGAACCAGCUGCACUAAGUGAAAAGAGUGAUACCCAGGACCUUUUUGAGGAAAAAGUUACUGACGAAGAUAAAAAGGUUGAAGGAGUUGGCGCUGCAGCAUCAGCUGAGAUGGAAAUGCCAUUUUAUGAAGAUAAGUCAGGAAUGUCCAAGUACUUUGAAACAUCUGCCUUGAAAGAAGAAGUGACAAAAAGCAUCCAACCAGGCAGUGAUUACUAUGAACUGAGUGACGCAAGAGAAAGCGCCCCAGAGUCUUUUGAUACUGUAUCUCCCGUGUAUAAAAAUGGCGACAAGGCACUUCAGGCAGCGAAAGAAUCCCAGCCCAGUGCUCCAGCACAAGAAGCAGGCUAUAGCACUCUCGCACAGAGUUAUCCAUCUGAUUUACCUGAAGAGCCCAGUUCUCCUCAAGAAAGGAUGUUCACUAUUGAUCCGAAAGUGUAUGGGGAGAAAAGGGAUCUCCACAGUAAGAAUAAGGAUGAUUUGACACUAAGCAGGAGUUUAGGACUUGGAGGUAGGUCCGCAAUAGAACAAAGAAGCAUGUCAAUCAAUUUGCCCAUGUCUUGCCUGGAUUCCAUAGCCCUUGGAUUUAACUUUGGUCGGGGGCAUGAUCUUUCUCCUCUGGCUUCUGAUAUUCUAACCAACACUAGUGGAAGUAUGGAUGAAGGGGAUGAUUACCUUCCAGCCACAACACCUGCAUUGGAGAAAGCCCCUUGCUUCCCAAUAGAAAGCAAAGAGGAAGAAAAACAGGUAGAGGCUGAAAAAGCUACUGGAGAGGAAAGUACUCAAGUAGAGGCAUCAUGUGAGUCGCCUUUCCUAGCCAAAGAUUAUUACAAAAAUGGUACUGUCAUGGCCCCCGACCUGCCUGAAAUGCUAGAUCUGGCAGGAACAAGGUCAAGAUUAGCUUCCGUGAGUGCAGAUGCUGAGGUGGCCAGGAGGAAAUCAGUCCCGUCAGAGACUGUGGUUGAGGAGAGUAGCACUGGCUUGCCCCCUGUCACUGAUGAAAACCACGUCAUUGUUAAAACGGACAGUCAGCUCGAAGACCUGGGCUACUGUGUGUUCAAUAAGUACACGGUCCCACUGCCAUCACCUGUUCAAGACAGUGAGAAUUUAUCUGGGGAGAGUGGUUCCUUUUAUGAAGGCACUGAUGAUAAAGUGCGAAGAGAUUUGGCCACAGACCUUUCAUUGAUUGAAGUAAAACUGGCCGCUGCCGGAAGAGUGAAAGAUGAGUUCAGUGCUGAGAAAGAGGCACCACCACAUAUCCCUGGUGACAAAUUGGGACUGGGUAGGGAAUUGGAUCAGGAGAGGAGAGCUAAUGAUAAGCUGGAUACUGUACUAGAAAAAAGUGAAGAACAUGCUGAUUCAAAAGAACAUGCCAAGGAAACAGAAGAGGCUGGUGAUAAAAUCGAACCAUUUGGAAUAGAUGUAACCCACGAGCAUGCUCUGGCCAAAGAACUGACAGUAUCAAAAGAUGCAUCACCUCUUGUGGCUGAGAAAGCAGAGAAAGGUCUUAGUUCAGUGCCGGAGGUAGCUGAGGUAGAACCAUCCAAAAAAGCUGAACCAGAACUGGAUUUUGCUGCAAAGAAAGCUGACCAGGGUCCAUUAGAUGUUAAAAUCAGUGACUUUGGACAGAUGGCUGCAGGGCUAACCACAGAUGCUGGAAAAGCAGCAGAGCUUAAGCCUGAAGCUGCACAGGACCUGACUCCCCCGUCCGCAGCCCCUCAGGAGGCAGAGGCAUUCCUGGGCGUUGAGUCUGGCCACUUGAAAGAAGGCGCCAAAGUCAGUGAGACAGAAGUCAAGGAGAAGGUGAGCAAGCCUGACUUGGUGCACCAGGAAGCUGUAGACAAAGAAGAGUCCUACGAGUCCAGCGGUGAGCAUGAAAGCCUCACCAUGGAGUCCUGGAAAGCCGAUGAGGGCAAGAAGGAAACAUCCCCAGAAUCCUCUCUAACUCAAGACGAGAUUGCCAUCAAACUGGCAGUAGAAAUACCUUGUGCACCCGCUGCUUCAGAGGCUGACGUAGCUCCAGAGGAGAGAGCUGAUGUCCAGAUGGAAUUUAUCCAGCUGCCAAAAGAAGAAAGCAAAGAGACCCCAGACAUAUCUGUUACGCCCUCUGACACGACAGAGCCACUGCCCGAAGCCGUGGCCCCUGAACCAGCGGAGGCUCAGAGCGAGGAAGAAGAGAUAGAAGCCCAGGGAGAAUACGAUAAACUGCUCUUCCGCUCAGACACCCUUCAGAUUACUGACCUGGGUGUCCCGGGUGUCCGGGAGGAAUUUGUGGAGACCUGCCCAGGGGAACACAAGGGAGUGAUCGAGUCCGUUGUAACCAUCGAGGACGAUUUCAUCACUGUGGUGCAAACCACGACCGACGAAGGGGAGUCAGGUUCCCACAGCGUGCGUUUCGCAGCUCUCGAGCAGCCGGAGGUGGAAAGGAGACUGUCCCCUCGUGCCGAAGAAGAGCUCCAAGUGGAAGAGGCAGCUGAAGCCCAGGCAGAACCCAAGGACGGCUCCCCAGAGGCUCCGGCUUCCCCUGAGAGAGAAGAGGUUGCUCUCUCAGAAUACAAGACAGAAACCUAUGACGAUUACAAAGACGAGACCACCAUUGAUGACUCUAUCAUGGAUGCGGACAGCCUCUGGGUGGACACUCAAGAUGAUGAUAGGAGCGUCAUGACAGAACAGUUAGAAACUAUUCCUAAAGAGGAGAAGGCUGAAAAGGAAACUCGGAGACCAUCUCUUGAAAAACAUAGAAAAGAAAAGCCAUUUAAAACCGGGAGAGGCAGAAUUUCCACUCCUGAAAGAAAAAUAGCUAAAAAGGAACCUAGCACAGUCUCCAGAGAUGAAGUGAGAAGGAAAAAAGCGGUUUAUAAGAAGGCUGAACUUGCUAAAAAAACAGAAGUUCAGGCCCACUCUCCCUCCAGGAAAUUCAUUUUAAAACCUGCUAUCAAAUAUACUAGACCAACUCACCUCUCCUGUGUUAAGCGGAAAACAACAGCAGCGGGUGGUGAAUCAACUCAGGCUCCCAGCAUAUUCAAACAGGCAAAGGACAAAGCCUCUAGUUCUACCUUGUCAAAGAUUCCUGCCUUACAGGGCAGCACAAAGUCCCCAAGACACAGCCCAGCCUGCCCUAGCACCACUAAAAGGGCUACAUUUUCUGACGGUGUUUUAAUCCGGCCCACCUCAGAGGGCUCCACAGACUGCUUGGCAUACUCAGAAUCAGGGGACAAGGAUGGAGUACCCAGGAGCCCGGAAAAGCGCUCUUCUCUGCCGAGACCUUCCUCCAUUCUCCCUCCCCGCCGAGGUGUGUCAGGAGACAGAGAUGAAAAUUCCUUUUCUCUCAACAGUUCUAUCUCCUCUUCAGCACGGCGGACCACUAGGUCAGAGCCAAUUCGCAGAGCAGGAAAAAGUGGCACUUCGACCCCCACUACCCCUGGAUCAACCGCCAUCACUCCUGGCACCCCACCUAGCUAUUCUUCACGCACACCAGGCACUCCUGGAACCCCUAGCUAUCCCAGGACCCCUCACACACCAGGAACCCCCAAAUCUGCCAUCUUGGUGCCGGGUGAGAAGAAAGUCGCUAUCAUACGUACUCCUCCCAAAUCUCCCGCUACUCCCAAGCAGCUUCGGCUUAUUAACCAACCACUGCCAGACCUGAAGAACGUCAAAUCCAAAAUCGGCUCGACAGACAACAUCAAAUACCAGCCUAAAGGGGGCCAGGUUAGGAUUUUAAACAAGAAGAUCGAUUUUAGCAAAGUUCAGUCCAGAUGUGGCUCCAAGGAUAACAUCAAACAUUCUGCCGGGGGUGGAAAUGUACAGAUUGUUACCAAGAAGAUAGAUCUAAGCCAUGUGACAUCCAAAUGUGGCUCUCUGAAGAACAUUCGCCACAGGCCAGGUGGUGGGCGUGUGAAAAUUGAGAGUGUAAAACUGGAUUUCAAAGAAAAGGCCCAAGCUAAAGUAGGUUCGCUUGACAAUGCUCACCACGUACCUGGAGGUGGUAAUGUCAAGAUUGACAGCCAAAAGUUGAACUUCAGAGAGCACGCUAAGGCCCGCGUGGACCAUGGGGCUGAGAUCAUUACGCAGUCCCCGGGCAGAUCCAGCGUGGCCUCCCCUCGACGACUCAGCAACGUCUCCUCUUCUGGAAGCAUCAACCUGCUCGAAUCCCCUCAGCUGGCCACUUUGGCCGAGGAUGUCACUGCUGCACUUGCUAAGCAGGGCUUGUGAAUAUUUCUCAUUUAGCUUUGAAGUAAUAACGUUUAGGCAUGAGCUCUUGGCAGGAAUGGGCUCUGAGCAGGUGUUAUAUUCAUUCUUUACAAUCCGUAAAAUAAAUAAUCUCAUUCCCAAACUGUAGUCAUUGUUACAAUUUUAUAAAAAAAAAACAUGAAUAGUAUAUGCAGAAAUUGACUUGAUUUCCAUUCGCAACAGGAAGACGCUGGCUUUACAUGAGUACAAUUGGACAAUUAUUUUUGCUCUGCUCUGUUUUGCAUGGAGAAUUAUUAUUUCAAAAAUUGCAUUUUUACCUUUCAUGUGCCUGAAGGCUAUCCACUACGUUCUGAAAGGCCUUGUUAAAAUCCAAGCUGCUCAUUUCACUGUUCUGUUGCUGGGUGAAAACACAAACGCUGCCCAUUGUAACUUACUACAAGUCAAAUUAAAUCAGGAGUCUGAUUGCAGGAAGGGAAGAGCAUGUAAGAAAUACGUUUUUUUUUAAAUGUUAUUUUGUAUAAAUGGGAAGAAAGAUUCAAUUAAGUUAUUAACAUUUUGGACCUGGAUUAUUAUAUCAGAGUAUAAGUAAGUCAAUCCAAUAAAUUAUUUAACUAAUUAAAAAAUAGGUACAAAGCCUUGGAGCUGCAGUUGAGGAAGUGGUGUAGAAGUGCAUCUCUUAGGAAUGUUGCACUUUCAUUAGGACGGACUCGUGUCUGAUUAGAAUGUCAGUUGAUCAGCUAGAUUUGUGUCCACACUACCAGUUUCACACCCUUUUCCAUCUGUUUGAUACAGUAUUAUAGAUAUAAAUAUAUAUAUAUUUCUCUGUGGCCAUUUGUGAUACUUCCUCAUAUACUUGAAUAUUAUACUUCCUUAUUCACAGUAUCUGUGUCUCCUGCACCCUUUGGUGUUACAAUUUUAGGUAUGUGAAAGUAGCUGUUAGCAGGGUUCUUUCCCUAUUUAAAAAAAAAAUUACGUUAAAAAAGACAAAAUGUUUUAGCAUGAAGUUGCUUUCUGUAACAACUCAAAGCUGUAACCCUGUUUUAGUGCCAGAUACAAGUCUCUUCCGUGAUGCUAGAAAAAUUUAUUUUUCUUUGCUUUCACCAACAUGGAGUUUGUGGGGGUGGGUCCAGUUAUACAUAAAAGGAUUUAUAGAUUGUUGGUUUAAGAUUAUGGGUUUAUCUAAUUUUGAAUCACGGAAUAGUUUGGGUUUUAUUCCUGUAAUCAUUCAUGAAACAGACUUCCUAAGAUUUCUUUUUUUUUUUCCCCCCAUUUGCUAAAGUUGAAACUGACAACAGUGGGAGCUUGGGACAUGGUAGCCCAUUCUUCCAAAUAAUACCUGCUUGUUAAAUUAUCUGAUAGAAGAUGUUUGGCUUCCUUACUCAAAGUAAAGAUUCCUUGAUCAGAAGGGAAAAAUACAGUAUUUGGAGAAGCUAGAGCUGCAAAACAUGUGAGAUGCAGGUAUUUAUCUAAAUCAGUUUUUUCACGACUCCAAGAUUGCACUCUAUAAAGGAACAAUGACUGACUUAAGUAUUACUUACCAGUGGAUAACUGUUCUGACUUUUUAUAUGCAGUCUAGAAAUCACAAAUCAAUUAAUUAAUUUCUCUCACAAAUCAUUCAUCUUAGACUUAUGAAUAAACAAUGAAAUAGUCAAUGGCCUGAAUAAGGCAAUGAGUUAUCAGGCUAGGUGGAUGCUUUUUAGUAUUUUAUCUAUUCUUUUUCUUGCUCAGGGCUGGUAGGUUGGAUCUGAACAGUUAAAGACAAAUGGUCUGAUAGGUAUUUGAGCCAAAUCAAUUCCUGAUUGAUUAGAGGAAGAAAUGAUGAGCAUGGAUGGAGGCAACAAGGAAGGAUAGUAGCAUCUAAGAAAGAUGCAAAGACAGAGAGACGUGGGUGCCAUUUUGUGACCCACUGGAUAUUGCAAUCAGUGUGACCUCCACAAAAGAAACUCCAGGAGCAAAAUUCAUUCUCAGCUAAGAGGUUUUACGUAGGCAAAUCUGUCUGCAACCACUAUAAAUUAGUUAUUUUAUACGACAGUCAAAGUUAGAAACUACUGAGUAGGACUAUGGAUGUGUCUAUUUUCUGCCUAAUACUAGCUGUGAGGUUUGAUUUGACCAAUCUGGGCAUUUUAUUCAUUAGCUUCUCUUGAAAUGCACCAGAAAAUAGGAGAAGAAAGAAUAGUUGUGUGGAGACUUAUGGUAUUUUCUUACAUGUUUGAUAGUGGUAGAUAGUGAUUAAAAUUCUCUAGAAAGAAGUGAAUAGCUGAUUAGAACAGGUUUAACAUGUGAAACAUAUUUUUUUUCAACCUGGUUUAAGUUUUUUAUAAAAGUUAAUAAGUAAACAUGCUCUACAUAUUAAAAUUCAGUUUCUUACAAAUACAUGUCCAAAAUAAAGAUUAUAUAAAGCUCUAAAUUAUUAGAUUUGGCGUUAAAACGUUUAUUUCAAAUCACAGCAAAAUUAUAAUGAAUAAAUGCCCUUACUUUGUAUGGAAAUGCGAUUCUUUAUAAAAUUAACAAAAAGAAACUGAUAAUUUGUACCAGUGAAAGAGAGAAACACACAGGCUAAAUGUCUUCUUAUGGGGAUAAGGGCGGAACCCAUCUUGCCUUCACUCUCAAGAUUAACAAUGCAAAUUAAGCUUUUUGAACACCACUCUUGUGGGGACACCCAUACGCUGAUCUAGAAAUUAAAACUUCAUAGUUUCAAUUCUAGAUCUAUUAAUGCCAGUUUCUCUCUGGCUGUCGCCUUUGAGAACCUGUUUAAGGAUACAUAAGUAAUCCAGAGCUGUCAAGAGUUAAAAGGCCAACUUCUCCAAUGGACUCACUGUCUCUGGGUCACCUGCAACCAAGAAUUGGGUACCUUACGAGGAUGCAGGAAGGAUCCGAGUUCACGAUGAGUUUCAAAGGCCAUGUUCAUUAAGAACCUACUCUCUCUGGAUUCUCCUGCUGAGUUCCAGCAGGGCGAUGGGCUGAAUCCCGCCCACAAGCAAGCCGCCUGUGUGACCCCGACUGGGCAUGGCUGAAGAAGACUGAAGAGGGAACUUUGUUACAUGGAAGAGUGCACUGAUGGUAACUGGCCUUCUCCACACACUCAUGUAGUAGUACAGCAGGAAAUGCCAUCAUCAGCCGAAAUACAACAUUAUGUCGACGUUAUUAAAGAAAUAAUCAUCUCAAUGUGGUUGAUUCUGACAUAGCUGCAAUUACAGUUUUUCUCCUAUUUUUCAUGCCACAAUCUAGGUAGUAAAAAAAAAGUAGAUUCAUGGCUUGGAAAGGCAAAUUCUAAGCAUUCCUUCAAAGAUUGAUAUGCUAAAAUCAGCAUUGAUGUUUGUCUUUUUACACCUAGGAAUUUUAGCCUGGGUAUGUAGGUUGAGGCCAAGUCCCUCUGCAGGAAAAAGCUUAUUUUUAAACUCAAAAAAUGUCAAUCAUGAAAAUCUACUUCAACUUUAGCAAAGAGGGAAAAAAAAAUCAACGAAAAGUAUACUCUGUAUGCUGGGAAUCCAGGGUUCCAACAUGCCGCUACAAAUCUGUGGGGGGUUUCUUUCUUCUGAUGAUCCUAGAGCCUGUCUCCAUAGAAAGGCAUUUCUUCAAUGGCUGGUUGUAGUUAGUUUCAUGUUUUUCAAUCAAAAUUUGCAAAUGUAUUUGUUGCUGUAUAGUGAUUGUUUUGCAAAAUAAAAUUGCUUGUCACCUAA